AUGGUUAAUGAGUUUUUCGAUGUCUUUUCCAACAACCUCAUCGGUGUCCCUCCCCAAAAGAAAGUUGACUUUGAUAUCGAUAUUCUCCUCGAUACCCAACCUAUCUCUAUUCCUCCUUACCGAAUAGCCUCGAAGAAAUUAAAGGAGUUAAAAGAGCAAUUAGGGGAAUUGUUGGAGAAGGGAUUCAUAAGGCCAGGCAAAGCCAGUACUGUUGCCGAUGCACUUAAUACGGUUUCUAUCAAGAGUGUGAUUCAUGUUGAUGAAGGAAAGAGGUAUUUGAUUUGGGAUGUUCACCGAUUGGCUAGAUUGGGGUUGAAGUUGAGUGGUUUCGAUGAUGGCGACAUAUUUGUGCUAAAUGGGUCCAAAUCAUAUUUGGUGGUGGAUGUUAAGUAA